AAUCACGGACCAGUCCACAGUGCCCCGUCUGUGUGUGUUGAGGCUGAGGAGAAACGAAUGUGGUGUUUUUGUAGUUUCUGGGUAAGAUUAAACGCUUUUAAGCGUCGCUGCUCGUCUUUUACGCUUAAUAUCUUUCGGUAGCACUAUAGCAUGCGCUUCUCUUCUACUUUUGUGCAGUUAUAAUUCAGUAUGUUGAAUUUCGUGAAGUAAAAGUUGAAGCUAACGCGAGGCUAGCAUUAGCAUUCAAUGUUGUGCAGAGGGAGCUGCAGUUUACAGGUGAAGCUUUAAUGCAUCUACUCUGAGAAAUCACUCUUGUUUUUAGAGAAAGAAAUAUGCAAAUUUAACACAAGCUUAAAUUAAAAAUAGUCUUUUAGAUUGGCUUUUUAAAUUUGCACUAAAAUGCUAAAGAAAAUAUAAUUUACAACCGGAUAAUCUGGACAUUUAGUCUUGUACUCUGAGUGAAUACUGAGUUAAAGUGCUAAUUUCAAUACAAUUUACAUUUAGAUUUCUAUUCAUGACAAUUUUGUAAUUUAAUCUUGUUAGUAUUCAUUUAAAUGUAGAAGCAAUUUUAAAUUCACAUCCAAUAAACACCUCAUUGAUGCAUUUAUUUGUGUUUUGCCAUUAAUAUUUUUCUCUCAUAUAUUGAAUAUUCAAUUUGUACUGUGUAUGAAAUUGUGAUAUUUUAUAUUUUAAAAUUAUUCUUGUAUUUAUACAUUCUUGUAUUUAUUAGGGCCAGACCGAUAUGGAUUUUUUUGGGCCGAUACCGAUUAUGGGGGGGGGGGGAGUAAUCGUCAGAUUUAAAAAAAAAAACAUUUUUAUUAAGAUAUAAAAAAUAUAUAUAUAAACUGUAGAUAUCUACAGUGCACUAUAUACUGUAGGUUACUGCUCUUCACGCCGACAGGAGGACCAAAUCGGACCAGAAAAGCGUUUUCAACUUCCCCCUACUAAAUUUUCAAAGUGAAACUGAAUCUUAUUUUCCGCGUUUUAUUUCUGAAAAUAUCGGCGAGUUUGGCCGAUUAGUCUCAAACGGGCUAAAAUUGGACGAUUUAAUCUGCUCGCCGAUAAAUCGGUCAGGCCCCAGUAUUUAUAUUCAGUCCAAAAGCUCCUGCAAUGACCGAAUUACUCCCACCCUACCAACAGGAAUUAACAGUAUUUCUUGUGAUGAGUCUGAUUUCUUCCUCUUUUUCUGAUGAGUUUCUUUUCUGUUUGGUCUCGGCACAGGGAAGUCAUUUACCUGUGGAGCUGCAUCCCUCGGGGUAUGGAUUUUUCUCUUUUUUUUUGUCCUUGUUUAUUUCAUUUCUUUCUGAAAAUGACAAUUUACAUGACAGCGCUUUUAUCUUUUUAAACUUGUGAAUUUGAGAACUUGAGAAUUAUUCCCCAGGGUUGAUUUCUUUAGUUUUGUUGGACUGAAUAACUAUUGACUCACAUUGAUGCCAAACACAUGGACGUGAAAGUUGCUCUCCAGCUAGUUGGCGAGGAAAUCAGUCUUAGUUUUAAAAGUGACUGUCCAUUCUAAAAUUGACUAAUCCCCUCUGAAAUUUUGUGUUUCACUUUCAUUUUCCUCUCAAACUUGAGCUGUUUUUUUUUUGUAUCCUCACCUUCUCUAAUGUAACUGUGACUGUUCCUAGAGCAUCAUAACUGUUCAUCUCUUUCCAAAAACAGGCCACAAUGGAGGAGCAUGAAGAUUAUUCCUUUUCUGGCAAAGCAGCCGUAACUGAGGCUAAUCUAAGUGAGUAAAACCCUGACGUAUUAAAGCUGUAGUUAAAGGUACAGUGUGUACAAGAGGUGAUAUCUAGAUUUUACAUUUUAGAGCCCCUUUGCUCACCCUCUAGCACGAUGACCUUUGAAAGUAAGAUGCUCCUAUGAUGCAAAUAAACAACAACAAAAAUUUCUAUAAUAAGUUUUUUGCACAGAACAACAGCUUUUCUCUACGUCUUCUUUGUCUUCCAAUAAAUGCAUGUAGCAUGGCCACAAAGACAUCCAAUCCAACACUCACUGAGUUUUCUGUAGGGGAUCAAUAAAGUUCUCCUUCUUUUCUAUAUUUUUACUAUGUUCAAGUAACAGUUUGCAUCUUAAUAUUCUGUCAGACAUAAUCUUUCUGCUCAUUGUAUCACUUUUUUCAGGAGAUGAGUACUACUGGAAGCUUGUUGCUGACUUCAUCGGAGCUCAAUCAGGAGAAGGAUUAGAGCUUGAAACAGCACCAUGCAAGAACAGGGUCUUGAUUCAAGUGGGUCUGUUAAGAGAGGACCAUAACUUUCCGUGGGUUGCCAUCAUAGACUGGCUGAAGAAAACCUUCCCUCGCCAUCAGUCAGCUGACUUUCGCCGCUUGAUUGAGAGAGGCAUUGCAACUACAUUGAGUCUGGGAAUCGAUGCAAGGUUCACCUUCCUGGAAUCAAACGUGAACUUUAACUUUGUUGGCCCAAUAUGUGACAGCAUCGGAGUGGAACGGGAACAUCUUCUGGAAAUUAGGGAUUUCUCAGAGCGAGCGCAGUUAAUUGAAGUUACAAACGGAUUGAUUCUCGAAUUGAGCAACUUUGCAGCCAGAGAGAAAAUCGCUCCAAUCAUGAUAGUUUCUUGGCUAAAAAACUUUGAACCUGGCUUCUGCAAGAGAGGGAAUGUCCAAGGAGCAUAUUCGCUUCUUAAAAAAAGAAUCAAAAAGUUAAAAUACCACAGCCGCAAUUAUGAAACAAGAAGUCACAGGAGGAGUGCUGCGAUUGAAAACUUCCUUCAAAGUCCAUUCGAGCUUGUGCCAAAGAAAACACCAAAACUGAUCGUAAAGAAGCGCAUGAGAAGAGACCUGAGCACUGAAAAAGUGAUCAUUAAAGAGGAAAAUGAGAGCUAUGAAGACAUGCAAGACGACGGGUCUGCAGACAACAGGAGAGUUGUACCAAAACUAGAGCUGGAGGAACAUCUCUCUGAAAGCGGUGAAAGUGAUGAAGACUCAGGCACAGCAGAGAGUGAAGAGGAAGCAUCAGAUAAAGAAGAGACACUGAGCAUGCUUGACGUCACAAUGAUGACUGUCAAAAAGCUGUCCGAUGCGCACAAAGGGAAAACCCCAACAUGCAAGAACGUGACUUUAGAUCUCCUGAAAAGUCUGUACACCCUGGCAUACAAGGAUCAACCAGCCGUGGAAGAGUUUGAUAAAGCACUCGCCUCUGCUAGUGAUCGGUUUAGAUUUGCUCCUCCGGUGGUGUUUUUAAACUGUAAUGCCCAUUUCCUUGUUGAUUUGUACGAUAAAGUUGAGCAGCAGAUCGUAAACUUUGAAAAAGAGAUAAUUCUAUCCACGGGGGAUAAACUCGGCCGGGAUAAGCUUCCACACUUCAGGAACUUUGUAAACAUGUCAGAAAGUGCCACUUCCCGUUACAUUCACAUGGCUUGCGACAUCUUGAGCCCUCGCUCCCCUGAUACGCAAAACUACAGAAAGCACUGGAUAGCCUUCUGCGAGGAAAAGAGAAAUCCGUCCAGACUUACUUUAAAUCACUCGAACCACUUCAUCAACUACUUUGAGGCAGCAGCAGGUCUGAUUCACCAUCACAAAGAGAUCGCGCUCUUCUUCUCUGACCUGCUGUCGCUGGACGACGAAAAAUGUCUCAAUGUGAUCCUGGAGAGUGUUGCUGCUGAUGCUAACGACCCUGUGAUUCAGAGUCUCGUGUGCGCUCUAGCCAUUGUUCACUGUAAAAUCAUUGGUCCGUACUGGCAGCUUCUGAAAAGCGGAGGGGAGUACGCACUCUUUGGCCAGUACCUGCUCGGACUUUACCAAGAGUUCCUCAACUGGUCCAAAAAUCCUGCGACACUGCUGGAACCUGAAGAGACUGCUAAUGUUUUCCAGCAGUUCCCGUUGCAGGAGAAGACCUUCGAUGGAGUGUUUCACUACUGUGGUCAGUGGCAUACAAACCGAGACAUGAUCAGAGCUUGUUUGAAGAGGUUGGUGAAGACGAUUGCCGCCGUCACUGAGGAACACAUGAGUGCCUUUCUGCCCGGGGGUACAUUUGGUCAGACCCCUCCGACAUACCUAACCACAAAACUUGUGAGUUGCACAUUUUCCAUCUUGAUGGCGGAGUAUCCCUUCAGCCAGAAAGGCCCGUGCAAGAGGCAGAAGAAAGACAAGCCUACCCAACGGUUCAAGAACUUGCCGCCCGGUUUCACUCUGGAAGAUUAUGACAAAUUUAACCCCCUCGACUGCAGUGACGAUGAAGCCAACUGGAAACCUGGAAAGAAAAGUUUAAAAAAGGAAGAGAAGAUUGAGGUGAACAUGGAUAGGGAUUACAUCAUCGCCACGGUGACCAGUAACGGAGGACCCUGCAAGACACAGCAAGACAUUGAGAAAAUGAUGCUUCGUUUUGAUGGGAGAUCCCGCGCCGAGAAACGGGAAGCAGUCCGCUGUGAGGUACUGUAUCAGAAAUUGAUCUUGAACAACCCAGACCCAAACCUGGACUGUUACACAGAAAACAGCUCCAACAUGGUUCUGAAGUUAAAGAUGGUACUCCCACGUGUGAAACCUGGGUACUCGCUUGUUUGGACACCGAAACCAGUGAGAGGGAGGCGUGUGGUUCAUGACCCUGCAGUGAAUGAGAGUGACAGCAGCCACACACAGUGAGCCUGUAAGCGCUUCAUCAUGAACAGGCGAGAUCAUGACUUUGAGUGACAGGAGAUUAAGUCAACACGUGACUUCAUCAUGUUUCCAUGUUUACGAACUACGCCAAAAUACACUGACCGAAAUACCUCACAGAAUCCAUGAGUAAUUCUCUAUAUGCCGUGUUUGUACUACAUACUGUAUCUUCAGCGCCUGUUGGGGAAAUGAGAGUUAUGUCUGUGGCAUCCCUCUUCUGUUAUAAUACGAAUCUUGUUGCAUCAACAGUCCUAUUUUUUGUAAGUCCUAUUUUUCUAGGAAGUUUACUUUUUUUUCUGUUUUGGCAGACACAAUUUUUUUUAUGGAGAUUGAACCGAUUGUGAUCAUGUAAAUAUUAAUAACAGCUGACUUUAAAGGAGACGAGGCACCAACAAAAUAAACAUCUUUCGUUGUCAUUUCUGAAUACGUACUGUUUUGACUUUUUAAACUCAGAAAUGGUUACGAUCAUGUUUAGAUGUAAAGAAAGAAGUGAACUGUUACACAGUCAACCCAGUUUAAGGUCAUGACUGCUCUCCGGCUUCAUUAAGCCCUUUUGUUUUUGUCACAUAAUAAUCCUUGUGUUUCUUCGAUUUCAAGGGCAUUUGUGGUUGUAUCACAUGCGUCAGCAGCGUCAGUGAGUCCAUAUUUACUAAAGCUUCAUCCAGCAGGAACUCGAGAAAGUACAGGGGCAGUACAAAAACAGGGAGUUAGUGGGGUUACUGGGCCAAAUCCUUUCAGGACACCAACCUCGUUUGUUGAGAUUAUGGUGUUACUUUUACAUCUGGAGCUAAACUAUAACUAAAUCACAUAAAAUACGUAUUAAACAGUCUGUAUUCACUGCUACUCGAUGCAUACAUUCAUCUAGAAGAAAAUCAUUUCAACCUAUGGGGGAACCAUGGUCCUGUCUCCAAGAAGCCGUCCGCACAAGUUCCGCUGUGAAAGAAAACAAACGCACCCAUCUGAUCCAGCUGUAAGUACGCGCGGAUGCCUAAAAGCAUGGUGCGUUCACGGUUUUCGGAAAACUCUAAAGGUUUUCUAAGUGCGAGCGAGGCAGUUACUAUGGUUACAUAGCAUCAUUUGGUGCUCUUUACCAUAUUAGGAACAACAUUAUUAUCUGUAGAGAAAAGCCCCGGUGUAAUCAUCUACCGUGUGUUUGAACGCGCUCAGGAGUGUGUGGACGACUGUACCGUUCCUCAUUAUUGGAGCAUUGGAGUUUUAUUAAGAAUCUCUGUAGAACGAGCUGCUUGUAUUCUCAAUAACAGCUCAUGAUGGAUCACAACAGCGGACCACGUGGAGAGCCAAACCCUCAGAGAAGAAAUAUUCAUCCACAGUCAGUUCUUCUGAAGUGAAUUCAGGAGAAGAAUUCACGCUUUUAGCUGUAAACUACAACAUGUUUUUGAAUGACUUUUACUACCAAUUCCCUUUGGUCCAUGUUUAGAUCAAACAUGAUCAUUUAGACAGUUUCAUCAUCACAAACAGACGAUAAAGUUGUUCUGAUUCAAGUGGAAUUAGUAAUACAGAGACCAAAAUGAAAACCGUUCGUUUUCAUUCCUUCUUCUCUGCCAAAGUAAUUUCUCACUGCCUGAAAAUGUUGAAUUUAAGUUCAAAAGUCUUUUACAAGUGUGUCUUUGGUUGUGUUUUUGUUCCUACUUAUGUUUUAUAUAAACAUUUUAUAUUAUUUGUGUUUGUAUUUUGGAUUCACAUUUAUCUCUCAUGUAAAUUAACUCUAUAUCUGGCCUUGGUGACCCGUUUAGAUGUGAAUGACAGUAUUGUAAACAGGAUUUGGCCGUCUCACACUUUGGAGUAAGAAUGUAUAUCUUCAACACACACUAGUGCUGUGUAAGGUCAGUUUAUUAACAAGCCUCGGCAAUGAUCAGGUUUAAUACUGCACUGCUCAGAGGAAGGAGAAAGUCUGUGAAGGUUGUCUUAACUUUAUGGUUCCAUGCCUGCUUUCUGCAUCUCUCAGAUAUCUGUUACAGCCUGAUUUAUGUUGGAACACAAAAAAGGUUUUGUUGUUGUUAUUGUCGUUGUAAUCAUGGUUUAAAAUGUCAGUUUUCAUGCAUUCAUAUGAGUGAGCAGGUGAAUAAAGAUUUGUCGAAAAGG